AUGGAAGGAAAUGAACCGGGCCAAUAUCGUAUACAUUGGCCUCCGGUCUUUCCAAACGUUUGGCUUGUUGAAUGUGAUCUUCUACAAUUAGAUGUUAGUAUACGAACUGAAUAUGUACCCCCGAUACCAUGUGCAGAAGCUAAUGAUAUUAGCUUUUAUGAUAACGAUGACGAUGAAGAUGCGAAUCUUUACAACGAUAAUACCAUGAGUAUCUUUGAUUUCGAUGACUCAGAAAGUAUUUUCGAUGAGAUCGAUGAUCAGUGGAUUGAUUUUGAUAUUAUUAUCGACGAAUGGGUGAACGUGCAUAAUCAUGAAGAUUCAACCGAUGCCAUCGAUAUGUACUAA